GUUCAGUACGUUGUUGGUGUGUGUCGUGUGCUGGUGUGAUAUGUUCAAGUGUGUUAAGGUGGUUCAGUUAUUGGAGGUGUUGAGCAGCUAAUAAGGUCAAUCCUCUUUUAAGUCACGCACCGUGAUAAAUGUCCUGAUAAUAUUGAUUAGUAAAAGAUCUCAUUGGACCAGCACAAGGCAGGGUAAUAUAUUAAACAUAAUGUUAGAAAAAGGUAGAAAUGUUAUUAUAUAGUGUCUCUAACCGAAUAAAUAACAAUGAGUGAACAUGAGGUCUAGGCCUAUAUAAAUGUUUACAUAUAGACGAGUUUAUGGAUAUUGCGUUUGCUAGGACAGUCGGUCCAUUUCUUUUCGCCUUGUGUUCAAAUUCCGUGCCUUAAACGCGAGAACACUUCACAGGCCUAUAGCGACAUGCACACCUAACCACUCAUCGUUCAGUUUUAAAUUUAAUUCAAAGGUAUUUUAUAGAUCAUGAUAUUGGAAUAAGUGAUACCAUGAAAAUAUGCAGUAUAAGAAACGAUUACGUCAUUCUUCAUGAGACUUAUUGUCAGUUCACAAGGAGUAAAACUAUUUAGAUUCGCGAUAGGUAAUCAUGUAAUAUUAUUUGUGAAGACAUCUUUAAUGCCUGACCCAUGUGUGCGUGUUGAUGUGCAGUAAAUCGAGACUGAGAGGUGGGGGGGGGGGGCGGAGGGACGACAAAACUCACACAACUCUGAUCUGACAUGCCAAUGUAGGAUUGUCAGAGCCACGCCUCUGAUCUGUCAUGUCACUGUAUGAAUUUCAGUGCCACAGAUCUGAUNGCAGGGAGAAGUCAGAGCAGGGAGAAGUGAGAGUCGGAAGAUGAGUGAUAGAGUAAGCAAGUGAUAGACCAAAUAAAGAACACGAGUUUAAUGAUCCAAUGUAUCACCGGAGUUGUUUACUUUUUGAGUACCAGAUUUAGAUGAAGUGUGUCAGAUAGUAAGCAAGGUCCCUUACAAUAUAUAUAUAUAUAUAUAUAUAUAUAUAUAUAUAAAACAAAUAACAUUCUACAUCACGAAUGAUGCUCUUUAUAUAAGCUAAUUUUAUAUGCCAGUAAAAAAAUUACUGUAACAAUUAGGCUUACAAAUUUUUUUUUUAUGAAAGAAAAUAAAAAAAUAUGUGUUUUAUCUUAAAAGAAUGAUAAUGUAUGACACGGGUCUAAGUGCUUACGUCACAUCAUCACGUUAUAUUCAGCCAUGCGUGAAAUGUUUUCACGUAGCCACACAGAUCCCUGUCCCUGUGCAGUGAUUGGUGGACAGCUGGUUUCUGGUUGAUUGAGUAAUUGAGGGGGGAGGCCCAAUCAAUCAGCUGACACAUGCUGACAUGGUCAUGCACAACACACACACAGAUUCAUGUCAUCGUCACCAAUGAAAUCAUACGAUUAAAAGAAAAAAAAACAAAGAAGGUAUUAUUAUGCUUGUCUACUUUUUCCCUAUAAAAUAGUGCAUUAUAUUUAGAAUGCAACGUCCCAUCAAAUCAGAUGUUCAAGUGAUGGGGAAAAGGUAAGGAAGAAAAGGACGAAUGUUCAUAAGUAUGUCCCUCGACAUUUGCCCCUGGCUUGAGUAGCACGGGAAAGACCAAAUCAAUGACCGAAAUUCAAUAAAUGUUGAUCCAGCCGUGACGUACACAGAGACAAGGCCAAGGGAUAGAUAGUGCUUAACUAACACAAAGACAGAACUGAUUUUUUUUUUUAAAUCCCAAUAAAACAUGUGUGCAUCCUACAUUUGAUAAGCCUUAUAAAGCUAAGUUAUAAACUUUAAAUUUUCUUAAGAUUUAAAAAGCUAGAUUGAUAACUGUUGACCCAGUCGUAAAGUAUAUAGAGUCACGGCCUAUGGAUAGACACGGCCUAGGGAUAGACACGGCCCAGGGUUAGACUGUUUUUAACUUUCAAAGAGACAGAACUUAUUUUUAUUUAAUCCCAAUAAAACCUGGGUGUAUCUUAUAUUUAAUAAGCCUUAUAGCGCUAGGCAAUAAACGUAACUUUUAUUACCAUCUUAAAAAAAAAACAAACAAGAUUGAUAACUGUGUCCACGACAAGACUUAGUUGAUACCGAGUCCUAUAGUGUGUCUGAAGCAGCUGUGGUGUUUUGGCGUGUGUAGUGAUGUGUCUUGCGGGGGGGGGGGGGAUUUGCAUGUGGAAUAAGUCCAUCUGUUCAUGUUGUGGAGAGAUUUAAUGUAUCCCUGAGUGCAGGAGGCGUCGUUGUGUGGGCUUCCUUUGUAGGCUGUCAGCUUGUCGUUUUUAUUGGUAGAAAUGUAGACACUUUUGGAUCGCACUGUCGCGAUUCGUUGUUAGCUUGUGAUGGUUGAACAUGUUUGCUAUUAAGCAUGGCUGAUUUCUUCAUGGCUGAUUUCUUCAUGGUUGAUUUCUUCAUGGCUGAUUUCUUCACGGUUGAUUUCUUCAUGGUUGAUUUCUACAUGGCUGAUUUCUUCAUGGCUGAUUUCUUCAUGGUUGAUUUCUUCAUGGCUGAUUUCUUCAUGGCUGAUUUCUUCAUGGCUGAUUUCUUCAUGGCUGAGUGCUCUGUAUUGCACUGCAGUAACGACACGAAGUUGACGAAUCAUAAGUUUAAUUUAUUCCAUCCCCAAAUUCUUUAAGUGAGAGAGCUAUGAAUGAAACACGCAGUUGUUGCUGCAUUACUCUAAGAGCUGUGGCAGCCGUGUAGGAAUGUGGUGCGGAGUGGGCUGUCCACCCUAGGUGGCACUUAUUUUACUUUUAUUGUUAGUUAACAUUUUUUGGACCAACUGUAGAGAUUUGUAGACGGGGCCUCAAAAAGCUUGGCAUUACUUCCGGCGGUACAAACUCUGUAGCCCUAAGUCCACGUUUCUUAAAAAUUACCUGAUUUAAAUUCCUAUUUCAGCUCUACAUAUGCUAUAUUCUCCAUAGAAUGGGAAAAAACCAAAGGUUUUAGACAAUAAAACUUGUUUUUUUCUUUUUUUUUAUAAUUUUUUUGUUAAAUUAUGCACCUCCCAAAAGGCCUACAGAGGAUCUAUAACAUGUUUUUACGCAUUUAAAUUAAAAAGUUCGCACAAAGAUUUUUCAAAAAGCAUUUUUUCCUGUUUUGAAAUGGUGGCGGUUUACCAAAUCACGAGCUAAUGUUUUUUUUUUAAUGGAGCUUUAUUUUAUUUCCCCAUGUGUCCUUAUUCUUAGAUACAAUCAGAUUUUUUUUAAAAAAUUUCUCUGUUUAAAUACUUAAACUUUUCAAAAUUUAACUGAGGUCCAGUUCUGUGGCAACUUAUUUUUAAUGUAACUUUUAAAUCUAAGUUCGGAACAACUUGCUUCAAUAUAACAUCUAGGCUCAUAACAAGGUACAACGCUAUAUUGCAACAAGGAAACAAAUAGACGCCGAUGAUACUGAACGAGAUGAACACGUUCUUGGGAAUGUCAUCAUUCAGUCGUUGGAAUGUGCUAGGUAUAAUCAUUAAAUUGUGCUAGGUAUAAUCAUUCAAUUGUGCUAGGUAUAAUCAUUCAAUUGUGCUAGGUGUAAUCAUUCAAUUGUGCUAGGUAUAAUCAUUCAUUCGUUUGAAUGUACUGGAUAUAAUCAUUCGAUUGUGCUUGCUAUAAUCAUUAAAUAAGUCGAAUAUGCUAGGUAUAAUAAUUCAAUCAUUUGAAUGUGCUAGGUAUAAUCAUUCAAUCAUUCAAAUGUGCUAUGUAUAAUCAUUCAAUCAUUCAAAUGUGCUAUGUAUAAUCAUUUGAUCAUUCUCAUUUACAAGGUAUAUCUAUUCAUUUAUUGGAACGUGUUAUGUAUAAUCAUUUUAAAAUUUGAAUGGGCUAGGUAUAAUAAUUCAAUCAUUCGAAAGUGCUGGGUAUAAUCUACCAAACACGUAUAAAAAAACUCUUUAUGUAUUAAUUAGGUGUCAAAAUCAAUAUCACAGUUACCGUGCCUAUAUGUAAUACAAGAACAUCAAUAAAUGUAUGUCGCAUCCCUAGACUACCUCAGCCAAGCGUCCGUGCUUUUGACGUCAGCACUUUGAUUGUUAUGCGAGAGAUUUGCUCAAUCACGAGCACAUUCGAACAGCUGUACAAGUGACAUCUGGCGGAUAGGAUUGGUGACGUUUUUUUUUUUUAUGGGCAACUGUGUCUCUAACCGGGAGGGCUGCUCGUUCAGCCCCGUUCGAUAUAAUAAUAAAAAAUAAAAAAAAUAAUUGAAAAAAAAAGCUAAAUAAAACUGGAAGGCAGUGAAAUACGUUUCACCGGUUUGAUGCAAUACAGAUUGACAAGCUUAAUGAAUUGGUGACGUUUUUUUUUUUUAUGGGCAACUGUGUCUCUAACCGGGAGGGCUGCUCGUUCAGCCCCGUUCGAUAUAAUAAUAAAAAAUAAAAAAAAAUAAUUGAAAAAAAAAGCUAAAUAAAACUGGAAGGCAGUGAAAUACGUUUCACCGGUUUGAUGCAAUACAGAUUGACAAGCUUAAUGGAUCUGGGGACAAUAAUAGAGUCUGAUAACAGUUCAUAGGAUACCCCAAAUAGGUUGACAGAUGCACUGUUAAUACGAAGCUAACGUAGACGUGCGUAAAAUAUAUUCUAACACCCUUUAAAAGUUACAUGUCAUUUUUAAAAUAAUAAUACCGGUAGGCCUACUAAUGAUUUAGAAUCAGGUGCCAGUAGAAAAUCAUAACUGUGGCAAUAAUUCAGUUUAACAGUGGUUCCCUUUGCUUGCGCAUCAGCAUUCUCCCAACAUUUUGUCUAUUAAAUGUUCAAAGAAAAAAAAUAUAAUAAUCCACGUGUUAAUUUCAGAAGUGGGUCACCCAAUAUGCAUAAGAGUGACUCAGUUUGACCUCAAACUGAAUAAAAGAACCAUUGUGCUCGUGUGUUUGUGUACUGCCGUGUCUAAGGUCUGUUUUAUUUUAAGAUUGCCAUUUUUUUAUAAUGUAAGAAUUCCUUUGUUUAAAAAAAAUACGUGGCGAGAUAGCGUGCCAUGUAGCAUGUAGCCUAUUGUGUGCACAGUAGUUUGUGUACCGUAAUGUAAAUAUACACCCUGAUAUCUGAUAAGCAAGUCAACCAUCUUACAAACAAAUGCAAACACAGUCUAGCUCCAUAUUAUGCCAGCUGACUAUGCUAGUUGCUCUUAUUUGUUGAAAACAAUUAGUACUUUAUAUUUGCUUUCACAUCGUGCACACGUGUAAUAGCUUUGGGACUUUGAAGCUAUGCGAGGUUAAAUAUCAAAGUACAUAAUGAGCUUAAAAUGUAUCGGAAAGUCAGGCCGUCCUGCAGCUUCCUAAAGUACUAAAUCAGUAGACCUAUUGUUAUAACAAAAAAAACAACAAAAAAAAAAACAAAACAACAACUAUAGCCUUAGUCAUGCAACUAAAAUUUGUUCUUUCGUAUUUAAAGUAAUUAAAAGAUAUGUCACCAUGAACUAGUUCGGCACGUUAGAAAUGUUUAAACCAACGAAACAAAACAAAAGCAACUAUUUGUUGUUUAAAAAGUUACAAUCACUCAAGAGGAAACAUAUUUAUUCAUGCUUUAUGCCUUUAGCCCAUGUUUAAAAAGUUACAAUCACUCAAGAGGAAACAUAUUUAUUCAUGCUUUAUGCCUUUAGCCCAUGUAACAACCUCCCCGCCCCUCCCCUCACCCCCAAAAUAAAAAAUCUUAAAUUGAAACCGCCACUGCACAACUUUUAUUUCUUAAAAUGAUAAUAUAACUUUUUAUUCUUGAAGAAACCAGUUCUCGGAUGUAGUCAAUGAGCCCCACAAUUCAAUACUUUUACUCAUCAACUGACGUCAUGUCUCGUGGCGGGGGAGGAGGCUCCGAUAAGGUACGUUAUAUUUUUAUGUUAAAUAAAAAGUGUCAUUUUUUUUUUCUUUUGCAUAUUUAAACAAAAGUUUUUGUCUCCAAUCCUUUAUAUUAACUUUGCUUUUGUUUGUGCAUUUCUUUCUGGCUGGGUGGCAAAAUCUUCAGAGGCUAAAUUACCCACUUCCCAUCAACCUAUCGAGCUGAAACUUAGGACAUAGACUCAUUGCCGAUGACAAUUCAUUCUAUAACAUAUUCCGCCUCAAAAAUCAGUUUCUCCUGAUUUUCAGGGGGGGGGGGGGAUGAAGGAAAUAUGAUGACUCUGAUUCUACAAAAUAAAAGUCCUUAUAACUACAUUAAAAUAAGAUUAUUAAAUUAUUAAAAAUAUCGCAAGAGCGUUGGUGCGUAAUAUUUUCUUUUGUUUUUUCUGAACUAGUUGAUGUAAUAAUAAUAGAUCUGAGGUUUAAAGGCGGGUGGGUCAUCAGAAUAUGAAUAUAAAAUAAAAUCAUAAAAGAUGCAUGUAAUCGAUUUAUACGGAAACAUUUGUUUUAAGAGCUUGUCUAAUUUAACCUUUACAUAUAAAUAAGAAAUGGCGAACAAGGGAUAGUUUUUAUUUAAGUGAAUUAACAAAAAUUUAAUUUAAAUUUCUGUAUUACAUUUUUGUUGUUGUUGCUGUGUAUAUCAUUUCUUUUAGGUUAUGAAGCUGAAUGUUGGGGGUACAUUUUACACUACAACACGACCAACACUACAAGCAGUACCGGGGACUGUACUACAUCAGAUUGCUACUGGUGCCCAGUAUUGUCCAAGAGAUGAUCGGGGCAACUAUGUGAUUGACAGAGACGGACAUUCUUUUCGGUAAUUUUAUUAGUUUUUUAUUUAUGUUUUUAUUUAUUUUUAUUUUCUUAUGGAACAGAAUUUGUAAGUGAACAAUUGAUUUCAUAUUUUCUCUAGCUUCCUCACAAUUCAAAGUUGAAUCUGAAAAAAUUUUAAGUCUUCACAAAAUUAUCUAUACAUUUUCUAAAAAUUAAAGAAAACAUAUUUAAUGUUUUUAAAUCUGGUUAAAAGAAACAAUUUUCCAUUUUAAGUUGUUUUGCCAACAGUCAAAAGGGGUCAUGACCAAGGAAAAGCUAAACACUUAAUUGUAUGAUCUCUUGAAUUUAACAUUAAGAAGAUUUUACCUUCUACAGAUUUAAAUACUUUAAAAAAAAUUAAUUAAUAAAUGUAGCAAUGAAAAUAAUGUAACAAUAGUAAUUCAUAAACUUUUUUUUUUGGUCCUGCUGUUGAUCAGAAAAGCAAUAUUUAAUAAAUGGAAAAGAUAUUGUGCCUAACCAUUUUCUACAUUUUAAAAGUACAUAGACAACAACAAAUACAACAACAACAACAAAAUAAUAAAUAAAUUAUAUAACAUUAUAAAUGGUUUGUUCCAGUUAUGUUCUAAACUUUCUAAGGACUUCCAAACUUAUUGUUCCCAUGGGUUACAGAGAACUUGACAUUUUGAGAGAGGAAGCUGCAUACUAUGGCUUGGACAAACUGGUUUGUGAAACAGAAAUUCAGAUUAUUUUUUAAAAUUUAAUUUUGUUAAUAUUUAUUUAUUUUUGUGUGUAUAAUUAUCGUCAAGACUUUCAAGAUUCUUUCUACUCAAGAAUCCAUCAAGUUUGUAUCUUCAAACUUUAUAUUCGCACAUGCUCCUUGCGCCAAGCUUGGUAAUAUCUGACUCCUGCUUUCCUGUAAGGUCGCAUGUUAGUUGCUGACACAGAGUCAGAGCUCCUGUGUCCUUGCUUAAAGGAAAAAAGGGAGGGGGGGGGUGAGCGAUUGGGAAAUUGAAAGGGGCAUUUUUAAAAAAUACACCCUUGGAUUCCAAUAACCUUGUGUUAUAAAAUUAUGGUGUAGAUUUGGGGAAAGGAGCAAGGGCAGGGUCUUUCAGCAUAUGAGCAACAGAAGACAAGUAACCAGGGGUUGAAAAUGGUGCUGUCUUUAAAAUAUACAUUUUAUUACCUAGGUUUAAGAAUUUUUUUUUGUUUAAAUCUUCUGCUGUGUAUAAUUUAGAGAUAGAAAAUUUUAAACUAAUUUAGAGAUAGAAAAUUUUAUACUAAAAUGUUGAAAAUGAAAAGCAUUAAAGCAACAUUUCUAAAAAGACUUUCUUCAAAAGAGGAGAUGAUAGGCACUUAAAAAUAGAAAAUUAAAAUAUAUCAAAGUGCAUUACAUAAAGAAAAAAAAAAGAAAAUGUUUAAAUUUCUUCUACAUUUAAUUCAAUUCCAUUGACAUCAUAGAGUGCCUUACAACUCUCCUGCCUAGACUUUCUUUAUAUAGGCCUAAUGCAUUUUAGAGAAAUUUAAAAUUAUUUUUUUUUAUAUCUUGAUGUUUUUAAACUAGUUCUUAAAGAAAGGUUUUCUAUUUUUGAAAGAUAUUUUUCUUACUUUAUUAUUUUUUUUCAUGUGCUUAUGUUUGAUUGCAAUUAUCCUGAGGUUUGCUGCAGAGAAAAUAAAUACACUAUAGCCAAAAGAUUUGAUUUCUUUAUUUAAAUAGAACAAAGUAAUUUUAAUCAAUGAUCUCUCGUGAUAUAGCAAUGUAUAAAAAUUCUUUUUUUUAAAUUCUUAGUUCUUUUAUCCAUGCCUCUAAGAUUGUGUGACUGCAUCUAUAUUUAGCCAAAUAAAAAAAAAUUUACAAAAAAAUAAUACUUUUUAUAAUCAUAGCAAAACAUUUUAUGUAUCCCCUGACAGGUAACCUCAAUUGAUGGCAUCAUUGAGCUGAAAAAGAGGCGGGCUCGCAAUCGACGCUGGAAUGGUGCAGCCAAAAGAUUAAGUGCCAGCGUCGGUGAAAACCUCAACAACCUGCCUGAAGAUGAUGGCGAUGAUCUGGACUUUUUCGAGGACAGUUGGAUUGGGGGAACAACAAGCUGAAUAUCAGGUGGAUGGGAGUCCACAAUGAGGACAAUUUGCUACCAAAACCACACAAAAAUACAGCUGAUUCAAAUAGCUUUCAAGUACACAGUUUUUCCCAACAUAGAGAUGCACACAAAAUUUCAUGGGACCUGAGGAUUGACUCAACGUAUUUAAUUAAAAGAGUUUGAUCUCUAGAUUAUUUGGAUCUGAAGAAAUGAUGCAUACAAAAUAUUAGCCUAACCUAUUUCAGUUAAGAUUUAAUUUAAUUUAAUCAAUUAAUUCCCUAUUGUUGCCUGAAAUCAUUUUAGUUAACUUAUAAGGGGCAAAUCAAGAUAUUCUUGAUAGUGAAGUUUACAAUGUAAGCUUGAUGGUAUUCCCAUGACCUAUACAUUUGUUUUGAUCAUGUGUUAAACAAUGAAAUUCCAGCUGUUGAAAAAUCUUUCCUCUAGCAUUUCUCUGUUUCGUUCGUAUGAACAGUGUAUAUUGUGCCUGUGGGAUGAAUGCACAGAUUAUAUUCUAACUUCCACUGAUAUUCAUUAAUCACCUGAUGUGAUUCAAUUCUUGUAUCAAUCAAGUAUUAUUUAUGUGCAUUAUACAAACAUAAAAAAAAACAUAUGAAGUCUGCCAUAGUAAAAAAAACAAAAAAGCUGUUUUUUUAUGACAUUUUCAAAUACGUUUUGCUGAUCAUGUGUAUUAAACUUGUAAGCAUAUCAUGUAUUUUUUAUGUAAUAAUCAUAAUAACUCAUUCAGGGGAUAAUAUGUAUUUGAAGGAAUAUAAACAAUGUAUCUAGAAAAGAUUAAAUAUUGCAAUUUUUGUUCAAUUUAAAACUGAGUUGAGAUUUAAGGGACUUGGUAUUUGGCUAUUCAUUUUAUUAACUAGUUGAAAGUCACCCUCUGACAACUAGGUUUUCUGUUUCUGUCAAACUUGCUCGUUGUGUCCUCUUUGAGAAAUAUUCUCAGACUGACAUUUUAGUUAUAUGGUUCUGCUCACAUUUUCGAUAGAAUAAGAGUAACAAGUCCAUUUAAAAAAAUCAUGAACUGCUGCUACAUUACAUGUUUAUAUAUUUCUUUUUAAAAACUUUCCAGGAACAAUAUUUUUUCAACAUUUCUGAAUUAUAAUAUUAUAAUUUGGCCAUUUAAAAUAAACUUAUCAAAUGUCUAGAAAUGCAUCUGAUAAGUCAAACAGUUACAAGUCUGCACAAGUUAAAAUCUAUAAGAAAACAAUACGAUGUUAUUAUUAUCGGCUGACUAGUAGACCUACUGCAUAUGCAUUCAUGUUAAUUUUUUAAAAUGUAAAACUUACCUCAAACAUCAGAAAUAACGAGAGCAGUGCUAGUUUGAUUGUCUAAAAAGAAUAAACAAAUCUUCGGUCGUCUCUAUGGAGUUUAACCUGACUGUUUACUCAAUAGUCAUUAUGGGUCAGUACCUUCUUAGCAUUUCGAACUUCUAGUUAAGUGUGGUCCUGACAAUAGUGUGACCCAAAACAGAGACAUGAAAUUGAUUCUCAUCAUGUUGUUAAAUGCUAAAAUUCAUAUAAUCUUGAGUGUAGAGCUCUAACUCUGAAUACUGUCAUGCAAACAAAGCAGAAAAUUGAUACAAGUGUCCUGAACAAAAACAUUCCUUAAGUUAAUGAUUAGAAAAUUCAUUAAAUGUUUUCAAAUCAUUAUAUUUUGUAAUAGUUUAAGAAUUUUUGGUUAUAUUCACUUGAGGCAUUGUUUUAAUUUUUUUUUUUAAAGUGCAAACAAUUUUUAAACAUCUCACAAAACAUCCCAUUUCUAAACCAAAAAAAAAAUUAAAUUUCAAAGUUGCUGUAUUACAUCUAAAUGUAUUUAGAUACUAGUGAAUAAGUUUGCCAUGUUAUUGUUCUGCUCUAGAGUGAGAAAGUAAAAAAAGAGAAUUCACAUUUAAUUAAUAUUUUAAAUGUAUUCUUUCAUUAAAAAAAUUUUUAAAUGAUUUUCACGGUAGGCAUACUGUCAUCCAUUCUCUCAAACAUGAAAGGUUAAUUAUGAAAUUAUUAAUGAUACAAUUUACAAGUAUCAUGUAGGUUUCUAGUGCUUUACCUUCUUUGACUGCAGCAUUUAUUCACUAUUUGUAUUGCUUUUCUCAUACUUAUAUGAUUAAGAUGUUUUGCUCUCCAAUUGAAAUAAUAUAACAAUUUUCAAAUCUGUACACACUAAGGGACAUUUUCAACUACAGAUUGAUAUUGCAGUUUAAUUCCUAUGACAUGUUAUAGUUAGGAUACCUUUUUCACACUGCUGUUUACAAAAUAUUAAAGCUGUGAAAAUAAAUGACUGUUUUGUUUUUUUUUAAAUAUAUGACCAUGACUUACCUGUGUGAGGUGAAUAGCAUUAUUUAAGGGUAUUGUAGAUUUAAAAGAAUUGAUCAACCCUUCUAUUCAUAGAUCACUUGUAUCAAAUCCAUUUAUUAUAUAUGUUCUGAUAUGAAAACACAAGGAACUAUCUUCAUGGCAACACAAAUAGUUUCUUUUCCUCUUAUUAUGUUAAACUGAAUAUUUAUAUUAUUUUUUUUAUAUAAUUUUUAUAAUUAACAUUUAAAAAGUAAUGUAAAUUUCCAAUGUGUCUAG